AUCAUUUUGUCCUUCAUUUCUUUGACGUGUCAUCUUGGCUAUUUUCAUUUUUGUCCAAAUGGGCUGGCUCUGUGAGCUGCUGCGCUGGAAGGAGGAUCCGUCUCCGGAGAACAGGACGCUCUGGGAGAACCUCUCCAUGAUCCGCCGCUUCCUGAGCCUCUGCAUGGCCGAGCGGGACGCCAUCUACGAGCAGGAGAGCAGCGCGGGGCAGCAGCAGCACCACAACGAGCGCCCCAUGCACCUGACGCAGUUCUCUGACCAGCUACAGGCUCAGCUCCCUCAGUCCCAGCAGCAGCACCAGUACCAGCACCAGCCCUCCCUUCAGCACCCCUGCCAACCCCUUUUGUCCCAGCAGCCCUUGCAGCUCAUGCAGCCCUGCACCGGCCCCCGGUUGCCGCCGCGCCAGCCCUCCACCGCCUCUCCGGCCGAGACGGAGGACGAGGUCAGCCGCGGGGGGAUCAUGAAGUCCCGUACGUGUGGGGGGAAGAUCUCCCUAGAGGCGCUGGGCAUCCUGCAGAGCUUCAUCCAGGACGUGGGCCUGUACCCCGACGAGGAGGCCAUCCACACCCUGUCGGCCCAGCUGGACCUGCCCAAGCUCACCAUCAUCAAGUUCUUCCAGAGCCAGCGUUUCUAUAUCAACCACCCGGCCAAGGCGCCCAAGGAGCCCGGCAACAACAUCAACAGCACCGCGGCAACCACCAACACCACCAGCAGCAGCAGCAGCAGCAGCCCCGCCUUCGAGGAGGAGCUGACGGACUUCAGGGAGAGCGGAGAGCUGCUGAAGGAGAUGGAGGACAGCACGCAGACCAACAGCACCAUCUUCUCCAUCAAGAUCGAGGAGCAGCUGGCCCGAGGCGCGGAGGCCCAGGCGGAGUCAGAGCACGAGGCCGCGGAGUAGAACACACACCGAGUGGUCCCGCUCACACACACUGAUGACUGUGCUAAAUGUGACGCUCCGACACAGAUCCACCACACUGCAAACACAGAGAAGUAGUGUUUUUAAUCAGUUCAGCGCCCGGACUCUACGACGAGUGUUUAGAUAUAUCCGCUGCAGACUGACGUGAAGUGAGCGCUCACACACUGGAAAGCCCAUUUCAGACUCAAGUACUACUUUUUGGAUUUUGUAAAACUUGUAUUAUUAUCACUGUAAAGACUGAUGCAUCAUUUAAAUAAUCUGCACAAAAAAAAAAUAUUCUAAGUAUGUUGCCGUGGAUAUUUGCUGACUGCACUCUAUGUCUGUUGUUUUACACUGACUUACUUUAUCUUUUUGAGCUACUGAUUAUAUUUAAAAAGAAAAAAAAAGUCCCCCUGGAGUUUGCUAGGACUUUGAUAGGUGUUUACGUAUGUGAUGUUUAACUGGAUCUUAAAAAAAUAAAUAAAAAAAGCAAAAUAAAUUCAAGGACCAAGAGGUUGACAAGGCCUUAAUUAUGAAGCGUCGAGUCUGGAGCCUGCUGGCGGAUUAGUUAUUCUUUUAAAAAGUGCAAAAUGUGAUUAUGAAUCACUCCAAACUCUGGAACGCCAUCACCCAGCCCAGGUGAACCUGCGACAAUUGCUCAGUCUUUACAUAUUAUUUCUUAGGGAGGAAAUAUAAAUAUAUAUAUAUAGACAUUAUAUUGUAACUGUAAAAAAAGAUACAGUCUUAAAGAAACUAUGCCAACAAAUGCCUUGUACUAUACGGCACUGCCGAUGUUAGAUUAUUUUGCAAAACCUUUGUCACUGUAACUCUCUGAAUUUCCACACAGUUAGAAAUGUGAAUUCCACCAUGUUUAUGUUGUCUGACAUUAUUUAUUUGCAGUUCAUGCAGUGUUUCUGAUGUAAUUACUUUUUUUUUUUUAAGUUUAUGUUAGCUUUUUUUAAACCCCACCAAUCUUUUUUCUAUUUAUAAAUGUGAUUUCGAUGGGCAGUAAAAACAAAAAGUGUCUUAAACGUUUUAAAUGGAGAAAUGUGCUUUAAAGGUUGCCUAUAAAACGUGCUGUAUGUCGAGCAACUCAUGCUACAAGCUUCACAAUUAAUGUUGUAUGCAAUUUUUACUAUCAUGCAAAUAAGCUUAGGUAAAAUGACUAACCUAUAGAACACCUUAGAGAGAAAAACAUAUGCAAUCUGUGUGAAAAUCGAUGUCUGCGAUGUGUCUUCCUUUGGUUAACAAUCCAACUCAAAAAGCUAUUCCUGUAUAAAUAUUCUGUAUAAAAGUGUUUCUUUUUUAUGAGUUUAUUUCAAUAAGAACACCAGUUAUUUUGUUACGACUGACUGUUUUAUAAGUGUUUCUCGGUUCCUUUCUGCAGAAAUGUUCCAACUAGAAGUGGUUAUUGAUUGUUAAAUACACAAUUAAACUGUUUGUAUUGUA